AUGGAGCACGGGGCCUCGACUGCUAGGAAGGGCGCCGUGCGCGCGAUCGCGACUGGUCGCUCGGGGCGAAUGUUCCCGGGCUCGGGAACUCUGGGUCGGGGGGUGAACACGGCGGCCCAACAUAUAUCCCCACGCGCGGCGGGUCUGGGCGGGGAUGGGGGGGGGGUCCCGGGGGGUGAGAGGGCGGGGGGGGGUCGAGGGGGUGCGGUGCUCGGGCGGCUGGAGGGGUCGACGGGAUGGGGGGGCUCGGUGUCGCGCCUCGGUGUGUGGGGAAUACGCCCGGAUCGGUGUCGGGGUGGGCGGCGUCGCCGCGCUUCGCCAGGGAGCCUGCGCGCGCGGCCCCCUCGCCGGGCACGGUCCCCAGCCUCGCGGUGUCGCGGCGGUGUGGGAGGCCCCCUCCGCCCGGAGCCGGACGUCGCGGACCUGGCUCAGGCCGGGGCGCCGCGGCCUACCCCACGGCGCGGCGCGGUGGCUCGCUCGCAGGGAGGUCCCCCCUCUUCCGCCGAGCGAACUGCCUUCGGCUGGUCCCCCCCGGGUCCCCCCUCCGCGGGUUUCUUCCUCCCCCUCGCUCGCCCUGAGCGGUUUGAGCGGGCCUCGGCGCUCAUGGCGGCUCGAGGGGGUCCCCCUCCCCCUCCUCGCAUCCGCGGUGCGCCCGCCUCCCGGUGCGCGGUCCCGGGGGGCCUGCCCGCGGGGCGAGUCAGGGCGGACGACGCGGGGACGCCGGGGAGCGACCGGGUGGUGCAUAGUUCACUGGCCGCGGGGGCGAGGCAGCGGGGCGGGGAGGGCGGUUGA